GCCUGUGCUGGAGUUAGCCACAGGGCCGCACAGGCCUUGCUCAGCUUCCCUCUUGUCCUCUGUGUCCCGGCUUCCUCAGCACUUCACCCUGCACUGGCUGUGAGGGCUGCCUGGACCCUGCCCUGACCUGGUCUCCUCUCCUCACAGCAUCCCUACUUCCUUCCCUGCUUGCUCCCCUACAGCUUGAGAAGAGGACUUAUGGCCUGGAAGGACACAUACCUGCUGUCCCCCAUCCUGCUGGUGCUCCUGGCCUCAGGCUGUUGCACAGAGUUAUUUCAAGCAGUGGAGGGCCAGACCUUUUCUGUGAAUUGCCCGUAUGACCACAGACUACACAUCAAUAUGAUGAAGGUGUGGUGUCAGCAAACAUCAACAGAACAUUGUAAAGUGUUAGUGUCCAGUCUCAGCACAGAUACUCAGCAGCCAAAAUUCUCCAUCCGGGACCAUCCUGACUCUCGCUUCUUCACUGUCACCAUGACUGCACUCACGGUGAGAGACUCGGGUGUCUAUUACUGUGGGAUCCAUGACAAUGGUGGAACAAUCACUGUUCUCAGAACCAUGCGCCUGGUGGUGUCAAGAGGUCAUUCAAAUACUACUGCCUCUGCCAUGAUUCCGACUUGGCCAAGAACUGAAGCUCCCCCCUUUAAUACCACAAAGGACAUGAGCACCGUCUUUUCCAGAGUCUCCAUAUCCAGCAUGGUUGUUCCUGUGGUCUGUGGACUCUUCAUUAAGACCCUUAUCUUCACUGUCUUGUUUGCUGUCACACAGAGGUCAUUUGAAUGACAGACCAUGAAGCCACACAACAGUGACUUAUGACUUUCAGGAUGUCUAUAUCAGAAGAAGAGCUCGGGGUGGGGUAGGGCUGAGGAGAGACUGUGAAAUGAAUUGAACCCGUAAUCAUAGGUGACAUCUAAGGCCCAGAAUGUCCCCUGCUAGCCCUGCCUUUUCUCCACAGUCCAUCCAUCAUCUUAGGUAUUUGCUCUGCACCCUCAGAAGACAGGAACCAAUGCCCAGCACCUCUGGCCAUUCUGCCUGAAUAGAGCAGAGUUGGACUCAAAUAAGACAACCCUGUGCCCCUCCCUAACACCUUUCAUGGAAGAUGUGUGAUUUAGGGGUGACCACUGCUAUUCCUGCUCCUUGUUCUUGCCUUAGGCAGUGCAAAUCUAGCCACUUGGGCAGGCCCUUGCUUAUGAAGCAGCAUGCUCUCCCAGCCUCUAGGGCCUUCCUCUCUGGGAAUCAGGCACUCAGAUUGGUCUUCCUCUGUGGUUCUCUGAACACUCCCAAACAUGAACCAAAAAGACAAGAUCCCUUCUUGAGGAUUAUGCAACAGGGAAAGAGAAAUCAAGUUAAACUGGAUGCUGUUGUCUGGGAAA